AUGGAGACUGAUUUUGAGUCGAAGGAGGCCACCAUCGCAGCUAUGCUAAGAUCAUUGUGCCAAGACGUCCGGAGAAAGUACGUGUUUGGUGAAACAGCAAUACCAGAUACAUCCAAUAUUGGUCUUGCACAGCCUCAGCAUAUGGACGAGGACACAAAGGCCAAAUUGAAAACCGUCUUACACGGAUUAAGAAGCCACGAUGCGUACCAAGCAUUUGCGCAUCCAGUGACUGAGGAAAUUGCACCAAGAUAUUUUGAGUACGUCAAGCAUCCGAUGGAUAUCUCGGUAAUCAGAAAGAAGUUGGAGUCAGACCAAUAUAAUUCGGUUGCAGAAUUCAUCGCCGAUGCCAAAUUGAUGUUCAACAAUUGCCGCACAUACAAUGACCCAACAGACCCCUACAUUGAGGCUGCUGACAGACUCCAGCACAGGAUGCAGCAAGGGAUGACAAAGCAAGGGUUGAAAUGGGAUUGA